AUGUACUCCCACUCCUACGAAUCUUCUUCUGGGCCUGAAGAGAGCGGAGAAUUCGAUGACCUCGAAUGCGGCAUCGGCAUCGAGGUCAAGCAGCAGAAGGGGCAAUAUCAGGUGUCCCACAUCUCGGAAAACAGCUCAGCCCAACGGACUGGGCUGUUGCAUGUCGGAGACGUGAUCCUCUCAGUGGAAGGCAUCUCCGUGUUCGGGAAGAAGCAGCACGAGGUCUUGGACCUGCUCCUGGGACCUCUUGACACUCUGGUCGAGCUAGAGAUCGAACACUGCCAAACGCCGGUGAAGGAUCGCAAUGUGAUGGUGCGUAAGACACUUCAUGCAGAUGAAGGGACUGUCUGCUCGUCCAAGGGGAAAGAGGAAGUUGGAAACAUAGGAAACACGGAGAAUAUUGAUGGGAGUGACAACGCUGUCUGCGAGAUCUCGUCGGAUCUCAUCGAGCAGGAUCGGGUUGAGCCAGGGGCCUCGCCCGAGGUCAAGGAUGGGCUUGACGAGGGGGGAGAAAACUCGUGGGAUCCUGAAGACUCUCACGUCGAGCAUGGGGAGAAUGGCAACGAGGUGCGGUCGGAGCGAACUUUCUGUGCGAACUGUCAGUCGAUGUCCGAGUCAAACCAGCAGCUGCGAGAGGAGAAUGAAAGGCUGACGGAGGAGAACGAACGGCUAAGGAAGGAGAUAAGGAUGUUGUCGGAGGACAAGCAGAAUGUGCUGAAGAAGUCUUAUGCGCUGUCUGAAGCGAGCCUCGACCCCAGCGAGUUUGUGUUCCACAUGAACGACGAAGAGCAGGAAGUUGACGGUGACAGGGUCGGCGAUUUUGCCGAGGGAUCGUUUGACCCAUCGGAGAUGGGAAGUUUGGUUGACGAGCAAGAUCAGGACAAGAAACCUGACAACUGUGGGAUCGGAAUCACGCUACACGUUGAUAAUGAGGGGACAUUUCGGAUCAUCUCCAUCACUCACGGCGGGCCUGCGGAUCUCUCCGGGGACGUUCUUGUGGGGGACGUGGUCACUAGCGUCGACGGCACUCCCAUCAAAGCGAUGAGAAAGCCUGACGUCAUCCGACUGCUCAAGGGGCCGGCUGGGACGAGGGUCAAUCUCGAGCUGCGGAGAAAUGACAAGCGUUGUACCGUGGAGAUUGAAAGGGACGAGGCCCAGCAGAGAGUCUGGAAGGUGCUCUCGCAGUACUCCGAGCUGCAUCCGGAAGACUUCGAUGACGUGGACUACGAUCAGGACGUCAGUGGACGAGGAGCGGCGGAGUCGAUGAAGCUCCAGCUACAGCAGAAGCUGGAGCAUAUCAAGAUGCUCGAGGCGCAGCUGAUGGAGGCAGAGAGGGGGAAGGAGGGGAUGCUGGACCGGAUCAACUCUCUCCUCACAAGAGCGCAAGAGAGCGACACGUCGACGGGAGCGAGACAGAAUGUAAAGCGAAGACGAGGAGAUGAUUGA